UCGCUCAAACUAAAAUAAACUCACAGAUUAGAUUAUGUUGUUCAUCACGUAUAAAUGCUUUGUGCUCAAGAAGAGUCAUUACUUACAACGUCCCGCAACAAAGUCCUUGUUCUAGUUCUUCAAUUGUUGUCCUCGAACCGCUUUCAGCCAGUAAUAGAUAAAAGGGGGUGUGUGCAUACCCAUGUUUUCAUUGAAUGUCUAGAAUAAACAAAACAGUCUUUUUUACAGUCUUAACUGUCUCUAUUUGGCAGUAACCUACUUAGUAAACAAAGAAAAAAUGUCGCCAUCUCGAUAUCAACAGGAUUCUAGCAAUCCCCCAACCGCGCGCAAUACACCCAGCAGAAUCAGUGCUCUCAGUCAAAUCAAGAGAGAGCGGGAAAAGAAGUUGUCUGCGCGAAAUCGAGGCUGGGCCACAGAGGCGCCCAGACCGGAAACUACUACUACUACUAGGAGUCGUGCGGGCACAAAGGGAGCAGAAGGGGAAGGGAGAAUAUCUGCUGAUUACUUCAGAGACGAAGUCACCGGCCGCGCCCUAGCCUAUGACGGCGACUCGUGCCUGCGGUGCAUAGAAAAGGGGCUGCGGUGCACCCUCAACUACGCCGGCGUCGAGGGCGAGGACAAGUGCAGCGCGUGCCGGCGAGCCACAACGAACCCGUCGCCGCGAUGCAUCCGGCAGCUCGCGCCGAGCCGGCGCACGCCCUUCCGCGGCAAAGAGCCCUGGCAGAACCCGAACUUCUUCUGCCUCGGCGACCCGCAGCCCAGCAAGCUCGAGAUGCAAGAGAUCCUGCGCACGCACUUCCUCGGCGGGGAAGAGGCGGCAACCCCCACGUACCGCCACGGGACGUACGCGCGCGACGCCGACCGCAGGGCGCAGGUGCUGCCGCCGUUCAACGGCACGGACAUGCCGCUCGCGCAGCGGCCCGCGAACUGGAAGACGGCGGACUGGCGCACGGCGCUACCGGCGUGGAAGAAUCGGAGCUUGCACGCGCGCCCGAUCUUGCUGGAUCGCGAGAACGGCGCGAGGCCGGCGAACGCAGAGGAGAUAAGGCAGAACGCGCCCGAGUUCGUCAGCGAGGAUGCGACGAACUAUAUGAGGGUGGUACGGAGGCUGGUUGAUACGUAGGUGCCCAGGUACCUGGAUUCUAAGAGCGGCUUAUUUGUG